AUGCUCCAGGUUCCCCCGACGUUCGAUGAUGUGGCCGUUUAUUUCUCCCAAAGUGAGUGGAAGAGUCUGAGCACCACUCAAAGAGAGCUCUACAAGUGUGUGAUGAAGGAGAACUAUGAGUGUAUGCUGUCUCUGGGUAAAGAUCUUUUCAAUAAUCAUUUGCUCUUAAAGAAUCACAGAAAAUAAAACUGCCCUCACUGUUCUUGCUUUCCGUUGAUCUGGAGUUAAAGCUGUUCCUGGAGGUGGAACUUUCAUUUUAAGAGACAAACCUAUAAACAUGAAUUAAUAUACUUGUAUUUGAGUGAUGUCCUGAUGUUAUUAUAGAUUAUUCCUGCUUUGCAUUCAUCCCUCCUUUGCCUUUUGCAGGAUAUUCCAUAGUGAAACCUGAUGUUGUGGCCCGGAUUGAAGGAGGAGAGGAGCCGUGGUGUGAUGCCGGGUCUCUAUGUGAAGGGGACGGACCGGUCGGUGUGCCAGGUGAGGAUAGAGGUAAUUACAUAUUUUCUCUGUUUCUACUUAAUUUGAAGCAUGCUUGCAAAAAAAGCUAUUCAAUAAAAUGGUUUUGAGAUAUAUCAUUUUUCAUGGAGGUCACUGGAGACCUGACUAUUAUACUGGUUUGGGAUUAUCUAGAGAUAUAUUUACUUUACAUGUAAUGGAGGAUGGGAAUUGUACUCCAAUAUUUUGUAAUAUUAUAUUUCACCUCUUGCUUGGUAGAUGAGAAUCCAAAUAUGGGACCAGAAGCACUUAUUUCAACAGAAAACUGCUGGACGGAUAUUGCGUUACCAGAGGGUUCAUCUUGGGAGUUGGAUAUGAAUUCCUUAGCAGUGGUGAAAAUUGAAAACCUGGAGAUGGUGUUGGACUCGGAACCAGCGAAGAUGCAGAUCUCUGCUGAAAAGCCUCAUAUCUGCAGCCAUUGUGGGAAGAGCUUCAACUGCUAUGCCUCAGUCAUAAGGCAUCAAAGAAUGUACAUGGGCCAGAAGACUCACCAUUGUACACACUGUGAGAAAGGCUUCGUGCAGAGGUCAGACCUGAUGAAACACCAAAGGAUUCACACUGGUGAUAGGCCAUAUCAGUGUAGAGACUGUGAUAAGAACUUCACAGAGCGAUCUGCCCUUAUCAACCACCAGAGAACACACACGGGAGAAAGACCUUACAAAUGCCUGGAUUGUCCAAAAACCUUUAAUCAGAGGUCAGCAUUAACAAAGCAUCGAAGGACACACACGGGUGAGAGACCGUAUUGCUGUUCUAUAUGCUUAAAGAGCUUCAUCCAGAACUCUGAUCUGGUGAAACAUCUGCGGACACACACUGGGGAAAAACCAUAUCAAUGUCACACAUGCGAUAAAAGAUUUACAGAAAGUUCCGCAUUGAUUAAACACAAGAGAACACACAAUUCUGACCGGACCCACAAAUGCUUGGUGUGCAGUAGAAGCUUCUCCCAGAGUUCAGACCUUAUUAAACACAUGAAGACACACAACAAUAUUAAUAUUACUGUGCCUGAUGCCGAUGAAGUGUUAGGCAUCCAGUCUGAAACUUUAAGCUCGUGUAAGGACAUGAUCAAAGCUACUGUUGCUCCUUAUGUUUGUGCUGAGUGUGGGAAAACAUUUAAACAGUGGGUUUCUUUCAUCAGACAUCAACAAUCUCACUCCAAGGACAGACCGUACAGAUGUCCUGAGUGUUGCAAAACCUUCAUUCAGAAUUCUGAUUUAGUGAAACAUUUAAGAACACACACAGGGGAGAGGCCCUAUCAAUGCGAAGAAUGUGACAAGGGCUUCAUCCAGAAAUCUGACCUUGUUAAACAUUUAAGGACACACACUGGUGAGCGACCGUUCCAUUGCUUACACUGCCAAAAACGCUUUAGUGAAAGGUCUGCCUUGACUAAACAUCAGAGGAUCCAUACUGGGGAAAAACCCCACAGGUGUGCAAUAUGUGAAAAAGGGUUUACUCAGAGGUCAAAUCUAAUCUUACACCAGAGGAUACAUACUGGUGAACGCCCCUAUAAGUGCGCCCACUGUGCCAGAGGGUUCAUCCAAAACUCAGACAUGGUAAAGCACCAGAGAAUUCACAGAAAACUGCAGUAUGUGGUCUCCAAACAACAUGGUGAUGUUUCAUUGCCUGGUUCUCAUCCGCAGACUUUCCACAGCCAAGAUAAAAUUACCCUGUAUACAAAGUUUGAUAAAAAUAUGGUUCUAAGAUCCAAUCCAGUGGAGCAGUUAGAGAAUAAAGUAGGAGAGAACCUAUACCAGUGUAUUUUAUGUGAAACCAGCUUCCUUCAGAAAUCUGCUCUCCACAAACAUUGGAGAACUCAUACUGGAGACAGGCCAUACGCAUGCCAACAUUGUGAAAAAAACUUCACUGAAAUAUCAGCACUUAUUAAACACCAUAGAACUCACACUGGGGAAAGGCCUUAUAAAUGCACCGUCUGUGAAAAGGAUUUUAUUCAGAGGUCUGCUCUGACCAAGCACAUGAGAAGCCAUACUGGAGAAAAGCCUUAUUCCUGUCUUCAGUGUGGGAAGAGCUUCAUCCAGAACUCCGACCUGGUCAAGCACCAAAGAAUCCACACUGGAGAGAAACCGUAUCACUGUACGGAAUGUAACAAAAACUUUACGGAAGUCUCAUCUCUGGUGAAACAUCGGAGGACACACACUGGGGAGAGACCAUAUCCAUGUCAGCAGUGCAAGAAGAGCUUCACACGGAGCUCUGACCUUGCUAAACAUAUAAUGAUACAUUCUGUAGAAAGCCCACCAAUUGCUACUGCCUUCCAUGAAAUAGUUAUUGAAGAACCUGAAAAAAUGAGACCGACUUCAGGAGAGCAGACAUCUCCAUAUCAAUGUCCAGAAUGUGACAAGAUGUUCUUGUUUAGACCUGCUCUUAUGAAACAUCUGAGGACUCAUCUGACAGAGAAACGAUAUCCGUGCAAUGAGUGUGAUAAGAGCUUCUUUCAAACCUCAGACUUGGUUAAACACCUUCGAACUCACACAGGAGAACGCCCCUAUCAUUGUGCACAAUGUGACAAGGGCUUUAUUCAGAACUCUGACCUUGUCAAGCAUCACAGAACGCACACUGGUGAGCGACCUUUCACAUGCAACGAGUGCGACCGUGGCUUUGUUCAGAGAUCAGCCUUGACCAAGCACAUGAGAACUCACACUGGAGAAAAGCCGUACAGUUGUGAGCAAUGUGGGAAAUGCUUCAUUCAAAACUCCGACUUGGUGAAACAUCAGAGGAUCCAUACAGGAGAAAAGCCUUAUCACUGUCCAGAGUGUAACAAGAGCUUCACUGAGGGAUCAUCUCUGAUAAAGCACCGGAGAAUUCACAGUCAGGAUAGACCCUAUCCUUGUGCACAGUGUGGAAAGCGCUUCAGUCAGAGCUCCAAUCUCCUGAAACACUUGAAGAGCCACGUAGAAGAAAAGCCACAGAUUAAUUUGGAAGAGGCCCAUAGUGCUUCUUUUCUUGAAUCCGUUAUAAACAGGCCCAGCAGUGGUGGGGAUUCUUCAAGUCCUGAUAAAGGAAGUAAUGUUACUCCCAUUACAGUAAUUGGUGCUGGAGAAAAGGUGUUUAAAUGCACUGAAUGUGAGAAGAGCUUUGCACAUAGAUCUGUACUCAAUAAACACAUGCGAAUCCACACCGGAGAGAGACCGUACAAGUGCUCCCAGUGUGUACGGAGCUUUAUCCAGAAGUCUGAUCUUGUCAAACAUUACCGUAUUCACACUGGCGAGAGACCCUAUCAUUGUAACGAUUGCGGGAGGCGCUUUGUGGAAAAGUCUGCUCUCUGUAAGCACCAGCGAACCCAUAUGAGACAGAGCCAAAGUCCCAAAACUGAGAACAACAUUCAAGAGCCGGACCAGUUACAGCACCAUAUUACAUACUGGGGCGAAUCAGAAGAUGACCCGCAGAGUUUGAUUCCAAAGCUACAUGUUGUUAAAGAAGGCAAUAACCCUCCAAUUAUCAGACCAUAUUAUCUGGGCAGCAGCUUCAAAAGUUUUUAUCCUUUGUUGAAAAAUAAAAGAAUGUCACCCAGAAGUCCAUCAUACAGCUGCCAGCAUUGUAGUAAGAGUUUCAUGCACAAAUCUGUUUUCAUGAAGCACCAGAAAAUGCAUGCCGAGGGAGGGAAGUCUCAUAAUUGUAGUGAGUGCGGCAAAAACUUUUGCCAAAAAUCAGCUUUGGUAAAGCACAUUCGAAGACACACUGGAGAGAAACCAUACAAGUGCACAACGUGUGGGAAGUGCUUCGUUCAGAACUCCGAUCUUGCCAAGCACAUGUGGGUUCACACUAGCGAGAAGCCGUACAAGUGUAGUAUAUGUGAAAAGUGUUUUGUUCAGCGCUCAGCUGUGGUCAAGCACUUGAGGAUCCAUACUGGUGAAAGACCGUAUAGGUGUACAGAAUGUAACCGGGGAUUUGUUCAGCGAUCUGACCUUACAAACCACCAGCGGAUCCACACUGGAGAAAAGCCUUAUUCCUGCAGUUGGUGUGGCCGUGGCUUCAGUACUCGCUCUGCUUCUCUACGACACCAGCGAGUGUGCUGUUCUGUGAGACCGAACCAAUAUGCAGAGAACGAUGGCAAUCUGCAAUCCAGUUCUUGGACGAAACCUUCUACAGACUCUGCCAUAGCUCCUACCUUAAUUGGAGAAUCCCCAAUCGUGAUGGUGAAGAUGUAACGAGAUUAUUUAUAAGUAAACUGCCCUAUGGAAUUAUGUUUUAAUGAAAUAUGGACUAUAUGGAAAAUAUUUUUGGUCAGAAAAAAAAAAAUACACCGAGACAAAAUAACAGUAUUGAAACUUAUGUUCUGGAUACACAGAGAAGGAAUAUUAUUGUGAGCGUUGGUGAAAACCAUGGAGAAUAUUUAUUAGUUUUAAAUUCUUUUCAGUGAGCUUUCCCUUGCUGUGUGAUAGUUAAUUAUUUGCCUUUAUUUACAGGGCACUUAAAGUGUUAACAGAUUAAACCCAAUACAAUUUUUUUUGUUUAGGUUGCUGGGCAAUCCCAUUUGUUUUGUAAAAGAGGGGUUUAAAAACCAUUUGUCAAAAGGAUACAAGCUAAAACAGAUAAAAUAUAUAAUCUCAUUAAUCCAAUGUUUCUGUGGAGAGGGCACGACCGUAUGUUCCAAAAAAUACAGUAUUUAGCAGGUAAGCUCCAUUUACCAAAUAGAAAUAUGGAUUAUUUUUGGCUUAACAUGUCAGGAUCACAUCUACCCUACAGGCCAGAAUUUCAAAUACAACUAAACAAACCGUCCCUUAGUCCCCGUCUUUUUUUUUUUUUUUUUUGUAUUCCUUCACUUACUGGGUUUGGGGGGAUAUUUGUAUUUCAUGGCUCACCUGUCAUUGAUUUAAUAUUGAAAUAAUUACACAAUGUAUAAUUAUAUGCUCACUGUUUGACCCCUACAUAGCCUUCUGUAAUUUAGUGACCAGUAUUAUCGAUAUAUAUAUAUAUAAGCAGAUGAAUGCAGAUACAUUUGGGCAACGUAACCAGCUUACUUAAACUUCUGAAUACUGAACUAAUUCAUGAUGAUCCAAUUGGUACCACAAGAAUUCUCUUUACCUGCUCCGAGGGCGGUAACUCAUUUACACAUGUCAGUGCGUAAAUAUACAUGAAACGGACAGGCUAGCUGAGUUUGUGGCCACUAAUAUGUGUUUGUGGCUACUUAGGCAUGCCAGCUAAUGUGUGUGAGAAUGGAUCGUUUGGUACUUUGUGAAGAAGAGUGGUGACAUUUUGUCUGGAUCCAAAUGUUUGUACUUGAUUGCCAGUUUUUGGGGAGGUUGUUAGGAAUUUUGUAGGCCUGAGAUGGAAGACCUUUCAUUAAUAGCUAUCAGGGCUCUAGGGCAAUGUCACAAUCCUAGCCUGAAAUUACAAUUAAUUUGCAGCAGUUUAACGACGUCUCUGAGCUGUUUGUAAAGUGUCAUCGUGUCCGUAUGAAUGUCAGGUCCAUGUUACUCAUAUGUAUCUAUGGCUCUAGCGCCACUGUUCAACGAUAAUGAGUCUUUUUACAAUGUGUGCACCAAAGAUUAUCUACAGUGGCACGUGGAAUUCACGCAGUGUCUUAAAUAAAUUGAUUGGCCAGAUUAAACUUUUAUUGAAAGUGGGAUGUUAAAACACUGUAAUAUAAAAAUAAUCUCCUGUAGCAAACGGAGUAAAGUGCUGAUUGCUACAAAAAUCUGGUGCCCUAAAGCCAGACUCGGGACAUGCGUUCUCUGUAUGACGUUCCUGCUGAUCAGAGAGACUCCAAACCCAAUAGUUUAGUGUUAAUGUGAUAGAACGUAGGUGUGGAGUACCGCUGGUUUCUGCAGUUGCUUCCAGUCGCCCAGUACUCAGACACUCACUGAAGGCCGUGUACACAAAGUGCAGGUAUAUGGAUGGGUAAUGAGAACAAAUGUUGUUGUUGCAAGGUGGAGUCUUGGGCUUUGGAUGGUUUGACAAAAGCCAGAGGACCUUCAUCAUAACCACUAUACGAAGCUAAAGUGCUUGAAAUCUUUCUCUAAACUGCUUUGAUAUUCUUUUAGUAAAGAUGUGAUUAUACUACAUACAGUGUACGUAGGAAGAGGUUUGAUGAAUGAGUAUAAUGGAUUUCUUUAGAACAGAGUUGCCCAAUAGGUAGAUCUGGGGAGCUACCUUUUUUACCUCUUGGGCACCCCUGCUUUAGAGUAUUAUUGCUACUUGCUCAAACCAGUGUGUAAUUCUCCACCAGCCACAUCAAAUCCGUCAUUGUCCAGGAGUAUAGGGAUUGCUGCACACAAAGGAUUGUGGGGAAAUGUUAUAUUCUCCAAAAAUGUGUGUGUUGCCGCUUCUUGUGGGACGCCGGGACCCUCUAGUGGACAGUUGGCGGUGA